GUCUACAUAUAUGUAAAUGGAAAAACAUAUGUUUGUUAACCUCUUGGAAAGGCGAAUAACAUAUUUAUUUGCCUUAUCAGUAUAAAAAUAAGCAUAUUGUACAAAACAAAUUAUUUUACUUAUAAAAAGUAUAGAAUUUGUGCAGUACUUGUGGAAUGGAAAACCUACGCGAGAAGCAAAGUCUUUCAUUACAGAAUGGAGAUGAUUUAAAAGACGAACAAAUAAAAACGCCAUUCCUGAUUGGGGUGUCUGGAGGAACUGCUAGUGGAAAGUCUACUGUGUGCAAAAAGAUAAUGGAACAAUUAGGUCAAGCUGAUAUGGAUCAUACACAACGUCAAGUUGUUACUAUCAGUCAAGAUAGUUUUUACCGAGAACUUACACCUGCUGAAAAUCUCAAAGCACAAAAAGGAUUAUUUAAUUUUGAUCAUCCUGACGCUUUCAAUGAACAAUUAAUGUUUGAAACUUUACAAUCAAUACUUAAAGGUUUAAAAGUGGAUAUACCGAGUUAUGAUUAUCGCACAAAUUCUCUUGACUUUCAAAACAAAUUAACAAUUUACCCCGCAGAUGUUGUGCUUUUCGAAGGUAUUUUAGUAUUUUAUUUUCCAAAGAUAAGGGAUUUGUUUCAUAUGAAACUAUUUGUUGAUACUGAUUCAGACACACGUUUAGCUAGAAGAGUUCCUCGUGAUAUAAAUGAACGUGGUCGGGAUUUGGAUGCUGUCCUUACUCAAUACAUGACUUUUGUAAAACCCGCAUUUGAGGAAUUUUGCUCACCGACUAAAAAAUUUGCUGAUGUCAUUAUUCCUCGUGGAGCAGACAAUACUGUUGCUAUUGACCUCAUUGUUCACCACAUUGGAGAAAUACUUAGACCUGGCGGAAGCACUAAUAAUUUAAAUGCCGCGACAUCACACACAACAAACAGUAGUUCGACUGUUACUAUGAAGCGAGAACACUAAAUUUUAUUAAACAAUAUAAAUUUACAAAAUUUAACGCAAUUAAUGCUUUCUAUAUACACUUAAAUUAUUAUUUAAAGUUAGUUGAUUAACACAAUAAUUACUGAAUAAUCUUCUAUAUGUAGUUAAAAUUAUGUUAACGAAACAUUUAAUUCCAUAUAAUAUUUUGUUUACGAUCUUAUGAAGUAUUUGGCGAAUUUUUUUUUGUUGUUUUUCUUGGCUUUUGAAAAUUGGAGCACAUGUAUUGUAUUAAUUAUUCUAAAUUUUAACAGUAAUCUAUAUUAAUAAUUAUUAAUGUAAAAUUUUUUACAUGCAAAAAUGUUUUAGUUAUUUUAAGUAUUAACAUUCUGAUUAUCUCAUUUGUUCUCGAAUGAAAAUUAAAUCUAAAUAUCCAAACAUUUGUACUUUUAUGUACAAGGAUUAAACGGUAUGACAUUGUUAUAGGACAGUGAUAGCGAACCUAUAGCGCACGCGACAGGUGAUACCAUCUGGACACGCCAAAAAUUCAACAACAAAAUUAUUAUAUUUACCACGCAGUUAUAAAAAGGUUCGCUACCGCUGUUAUACGAUAUACAACUAUCUAACAUAAUAUAACAUAUCUUGUGACGUCGUUACCCGUACUGUAUUACAACAUAAUGUUAAAAAACAUUUAAUAACAAAAAUAGGAAAAAAAAACUUGGUGGCUUUUCUUGUUAUUU